UACCAUGGAGUUGGUAGCUUAUAGUGGAAGAAAGCCUUUGCCCUCUCCGAAAGAGUUAGCAUCUCUUCACAAUUCCCAGAACUCGGAAGCCGGAAGCCCCAGUUGCAAAACUCCGACGCGAUCAUCAACGGUAUAGGGUCUGGAGGUUCCCUCUCAAUAUCUCAGCGUCGUUCAUCACCGAUCGGAUGAACCUACCCGUAGUUCCGGACAGUCACAUUCUGAGUAAUCUUCCGGUAACCCUUCCAGCCAAAAGCCGUGUGCGUGUGUGUCUCAUCUGAUAUCGACGCGGUAAGCAAGGAGAAGAGCAGAGAGGGAAAGAAGACGGAGCUCAAGACGAACCGACGAAGGCAAUGGUCUAGAUUUUGUCUUCCACCCAUUUUGUACCAAAUUGAUCGACCAAGUCACUAGGUUUGGCAGUAUUUUUUGAAUUUCUUAUUCUUGUUGAGGGCAAAAGAAAAAUCGGUGCUCUCCUUCAAGAGCAAAAUUUCGAUUCGCUUUUGCAAUGGAAAAAUUCAAAUCGUUGCGGAAAGUAAAUAUACAGGUCCCUGAUACUGGUAGAAAUAACGAUGACGACGUUGUAGAUACACCAGAAGCCAAAGAGGAGAGCGGGAUUCGAUUUAAAUCGUCCCAGAACAACGUCACAGAAGAUCAAGAGCCUUUCAUGGGGGUCAAGGUUAGAAGAAGAGCUUCGCUUCAUAGAGAUUAUCAAGGAGAUUAUCUCGAUGUCCCUUCUCAACCUUAUCUCAUGAAGAUCUUGGAGAAACAAGGUGAUCGACAGGUUCUCUUUGCAGAUAAGGUUUUGAAAUUCACUGGAUCAGGGAAGAUGAAGCGCCGUAUUCUUUUAAUUACAGACUUUGCCAUUUACAUUGUUGAUCCAGAGACUGAUGCCCUUAAGCGGCGAAUUGCGCUGGCAGCUGUUGAUAAGCUUUGUUUGAGUGAGCUGAAUGAUAAUUUUUUUGCCAUUAUAAUCCCAACUGAGUAUGAUGUCCUCAUGGCCAGUACUCGAAAGACUGAGAUUGUAACUAUGUUGGUAGAAGCUACCAAGAGCACUUCAGAAUACGAACUUGAGGUGCUUUUCUCUAACAGGUAAUGAUGUAAAUUUGGUUUA